GUUUUGCCACUCUUUCUCUGACUGCAUAUAUGGGCAUUUAUUGUUACUGGGAAGAACGUCUGUGAUCCUGCCACCUUCUAAAUGAAUCUUCUUAUCCAUAAUACACAAAGUUCUAAGCAUUGAAAUUCCUAGUCAACAAAUAUUAUUAUCUACUCUGUGAAGAAUAAUAAUCUGUACAUAGACCACUGAAACAUCUCUAUGUGACAACAAGGACAAGAUUUGCCAAAAUGAAGGAGUUCGUCUUCAAGUUCAGUGGCCUGAUUUGCAGUACAGCAGCUUUGAUGUUUGAAAUCAUCCUUGCAAACAGCCAAUGCUGGCGCCUGUGGGAGUUUAACAACAAGGGUGUGCAAUUUGUGUCACUUGGACUCUGGGAAGCUUAUUACAUUCAGGACUUUAACAUCUCUGGGUCUAUGACCAGGAUGUUGGUUCACACCCCUAUCAAUUCAACCUGGAACAAGUCACCAGAAUUUCAGUAUUUACAAGUCCUGAUAGCGUGGGCCAUUUUGAUGAAAAUCCUAGUCCUGAUUUUCACUUCAGUGGCCAUUAAGAUCAGCUGUAUGGAAGACCCAUUCAUUGAGAUCCAGCUGUUUUGCUACAAGAUGUCUGCCAUAAUUUUGGCUGUGAGCAGCCUUUUCACGCUUGUUACUGUGACCUUGAACCACCUGGUAGACAUCUAUGGGCAAACCACUCUUGACUUUUCACCUGACUUUCCCGUUAAAAAGGAGGACAUUAUAAAGAAACACUGCACAAAUGUGUUUCCAAUGGGUGUCCUGAUAGCCACGAUGUCACUCUUUGGCGUGAUUUUGUUUCUGUAUGAGAUGAUCUCUUUGACAGUAGAGAGUCAGGUGAAGGCCCAGUGUGCUUCCAACCUGGCUGAGCAAAAGGUCUGAAGUGAGGGCUCUGGCAUUUUAACAUCUGCCAGGAGAAUCCUUGAAGAAAUUGCCCAUUUGUACACAGUACUGUGUAAUCACCAAUUCAUUCUAUAUAAAAUAUCAACUUGA